UUGAGGCGAAUUAUUCCAACUUCGUGGACAAAAUUGGUAAUUUCGUGUAUGAACAAUAAAUAUUCACUGAAACGGACUCGAUAUCUUUAAUCAAGAGAGGAAGUUGAUUCAAAAAGGCGUUGAAAACGUCGAUCGUGCACUCAGUAUAAUAGAACCCGUCGUCCCAAUAAUUGCAUAGAGAUGGUCAUCCUUGAGGACAAGGAGGAGUCACAAGGAGAAAGCCAGCAGAAGUAGAGGUGGUCCAGGAAGACUGGGAAUGAUCAAUGGAGAAGUUUGUUUGAUGACUUCCCACAGAUUGUCUUAUGUUCUCAGGAUACGGAUAAAGUGUUGGCAUAGUAGAGAGAUAGAAUGAAAUGAAAAUAUACAUUGGUGGAUCCAGAUAUUCUGAACGGAAUGGUACGUAGUAAUCGACUUAGGGGGAAGGGGGAUGAAGCCAACAGUGGGCCCAGGAAGAAGUCCCCUGAAACUACUGAGGUCUGACAAAACAAGAUGUAUAUGUUUUGAUAUUUUUAAACUUAUUCUUAUUUAAAGAAAAGAAAAAUGAAUCACAUAUGUAAUAAUGAUAGCUACAUCUAACUCUACUACACGUCACUUGAACAAUGCUUUUACAAACCAUUUGUCAAAAGGUUUUUUUAUCCAGCGUAAUUUUCAGAUGUAAUUAUUGUAUCCAACCAAGAUAUGAUCAAAGAUAAUUAACUAAAUUAAGACUAUAUUAGACUAGAUUUACACGUACCAACAUGCUAAACCUACAUUCGAAAUAGAAGUACUAGGUAUGCACAUCAAUAUUGCAUUUUUUUAAAUAAAAAAAAAAUCGUAUUGUAAAUUAUUUCUAAGAUUGCAACAUAUCAAAAUAUAAUUUCACCUUGGGACAAGGACUAAAGUCUUACUAAAGUUGGUGCUAAAAUAAGGAAAACACUGCUAAGGUCAAAUUUCAGCGUCGGAAAUAAUAAAUUUUCAAAGGUUCAAAUGUAGAUAUGCAAAAUUUCAAACAAAUAUACGGGGAGGGGGAGGGGGAUAUAACAGUAUGACUUUUGCUGGAAAAAUCUAUAAAUCUACCUAUAGGUCUUCUCUUUUGCUACCCUGAGUGGAUUCUUUAGUUAGGAAUAUUCAAAAUCAACAAAACUAGGCAUUGACAAAUUUAGUUUUCUCUUUCGAUGCAUUCAAGUCUACACUAAUGACACAUGAAUCGGCUGUAAUCAUCACAAUCGAAUGCGCAUUCAUCACACACAAACAAUCCAGUUUUAUGACGGUAAUUCAGCGGUUCAUUAUAAAGAUUUGUCUGAUGGUCAAUCCUUGAGAGCUAGUAACAGACGAUGAAAUGAGUCAACUUGUUCUUAAGAAAACAACAGGUGUAUAGUAGGUGUGUUGUGAAAACAUGGUAACAGGUAUAUCUUUUUCUGUUUGUUUGUUUACACUCUACAGGUAUACCGUUUUCUGUUUGUUUAUACCCUCCAGGUAUAUCUUUUUCUGUUUGUUUGUUUACUCUGUUUACACUCUACAUGUAUCUCUUUUUCUGUUUGUUUGUUUACACCCUUCAGGUAUAUCUUUUUCUGUUUGUUUGUUUACACCCUUCAGGUAUAUCUUUUUCUGUUUGUUUGUUUACACCCUUCAGGUAUAUCUUUUUCUGUUUGUUUGUUUACACCCUUCAGGUAUAUCUUUUUCUGUUUGUUUGUUUACACCCUUCAGGUAUAUCUUUUUCUGUUUGUUUGUUUACACCCUUCAGGUAUAUCUUUUUCUGUUUGUUUGUUUUCUCUGUUUACACUCUAGAGGUAUAUAAUGUUUUUGUUUCUUUGUUUACACUCUACAGGUAUACCUUUUUCUGUUUGUUUACACUCUCCAGAUAUAUCUUUUUCUGUUUGUUUACACUCUCCAGGUAUAUCUUUUUCUGUUUGUUUACACUCUACAGGUAUAUCUUUUUUUCUGUUUGUUUGUUUAGACUCUACAGGUAUAUUUUUUCAUAUGAACUUUCUGUUUGUUUGUUUUCUCUGUUUACACUUUACAGGUAUAUCUUUUUUCUGUUUGUUUGUUUACUCUUUUUACCCUUUACAGGUAUAUUUUUUCCCUGUUUGUUUGUUUACACUCUACAGGUAUAUCUUUUUUUCUGUUUGUUGUUUACACUCUACAGGUAUAUCUUUUUCUGUUUGUUUGUUUACACUCUACAGGUAUAUCUUUUUUUCUGUUUGUUUGUUUACACUCUACAGGUAUAUCUUUUUUCUGUUUUUUUUGUUUUUGUUUACACUCUACAGGUAUAUCUUUUUUUCUGUUUGUUUGUUUACACUCUACAGGUAUAUCUUUUUUCUGUUUGUUUUUUUUGUUUACACUCUACAGGUAUAUCUUUUUUCCAUUUGUUUACUCUGUUUACACUCUUCAGGUAUAUCUUUUUACUGUUAAUUUGUUUGUUCUCUUUAUCCUGUCUUUACUUUUUGUCAAUUUUUUAUUUUCAGCUGUUUAUUUACUAUAUUUACCUGUACAUUUACUCUCUUUAGCCAGUGACACUUUAUUCUUUUUUACCUGUAUGUUUACCCCCUUUAACUUGUGACACUUUGUCUUUUUUACCUGUACAUUUACUGUCUUUAGCCUGUGACACUUUAUCUUUUUUACCUGUAUGCUUACUGUCUUUAGCCUGUGACACUUUAUCUUUUUUACCUGUAUGUUUACUGUCUUUAGCCUGUGACACUUUAUCUUUUUUACCUGUAUGUUUACUCUCUUUAGCCUGUGACACUUUAUCUUUUUUACCUGUUUGUUUAUUGUCUUUAGCCUGUACCGCUUUAAUUUUUUUACCUGUUUGGUUACAUCCUCCUUGUCUUUCUCGCUCUGGAGAGAAAAGUAAGGAUACUAUAUCAUGAUAUUGAUUUUAUAAACAAAUCCACAACUUUGUUUCAUAUUAAUUUAUUUCGUGUCAAUUAAUGAAGUAAUAAAAUACUUAUCCAUACCCGUUGUCAAGAAGUCGAAAACUGAUUUUUUCUCUCUCACAUUUAUGCUGAUACAGCAAAACACGAUUACAGGGAACACGUUUAUAAUGAAUUCACGCUUAGAGCAAAGUGAUCCCUGUAGUUUUAAAACAUAUCAUUGGAUUAUUGCAUAAAACGAAUCAAGAUUGUUCAUCCUCAGCACUUCGCUAUAAGCAUGUUUACUAUAUUUGUAUAAUGAAUCCUCAGCACUUCGCUAUAAGCAUGUUUUACUAUAUAUGUAUAAUGAAUCCCAGUACUUCGCUAUAAGUGUGUUUUACUGUAUAUGUAUAAUGAAUCCUCAGCACUUCGUUAUAAGCAUGUUUUACUAUAUAUGUAUAAUGAAUCCCAGCACUUUGCUAUAAGUGUGUUUUACUGUA